GCGGCUUGGAAGCCCCUAGGGACGACUUGCGAUCGCUUCUGCGCCUGCGCGGUGAGGAAAAACCGUCCUUUCCAAGAUGGCGGCGGCCAGGGGCUUGAAGAGAGGCGCCUUUCCUGAUGUUUCUUUGGCUUUCAGGGGCCUGGCUACAGUUGUUCCCAAGGUCUCCAGGGUAGAUAACACAUCCAGUUUCUUGGAUAAAGUUCCACACCGCAAGCACCCAGGCAUUGUCCACCUCAAUAGUGUCAGUCUUCCACCCAAGUUGGUAGAGGCAGCUCAAUUUCUGGUAGCACAAUCCUCCUUGCGUAAUUUGGACAAGCAAACCAAGACUCUCACCAAUUAUCUAUGGAGCCGCAAGCGGCCCAUAGAGACAGUGGACCUGCGCAAGAAAGCAGAGCGGGUGGAACAGCAGCUAAGGGCCCAGGCCCAUCAGAAGGAUGCACUGAGUGAAGCUGAUGAGAAGAAGUUACAGAAGAAGGUUAUGAAUGUCAUCCGUAAAACAACUUACCACUGGGAGGCGUUGAACUACACUGAAGAACUCAGCUUUCUGUACAUGGCAGCCCGGAUGGAUGGGAUAUUUGCAGCAGUGUACCGAGCUUUACAUGAGAUCCAGAAGAGAGUCCCAGAUUUUCAGCCUCGCACUCUAUUGGAUUUUGGCUCUGGUACCGGCGCUGUCAGCUGGGCAGCUCAUAGUAUCUGGGGUAAGACAAUCAAUGAAUAUAUGAAUAUUGACCACUCGGCUUCCAUGUUGGAUUUGGCUGAAAAUCUGAUGAAAGGUUUGUCCAAGGACCAGAAUCUAUCCUUUCCUGGGGUCUAUUUCCGACAGUUCCUCCCUGUAUCACCAAAGGUGAAAUUUGAUCUUGUGGUAUCAGCUUACUCGCUUAAUGAACUUCCUAGUUAUUCUGAGAGAGUGGAGACAGUGCAGACCCUCUGGAGAAAGACAGAUAGCUUUCUAGUUCUGGUAGAAAAUGGUACCAAGGAAGGUCAUCAAAUGCUCAUGGAGGCCCGAGAUGUUGUACUGAAGGGCACAGACAAAGUAGUUUAUGAUCCCCGAGAACCUCAUAUAUUUGCUCCGUGCCCACACCACUUGCCCUGUCCACUUUUGACACCCAACCGUGUUCUCCCAUGUAACUUCAUCCAGGCAUAUUAUGCCUUGCCUUUCAGUUGGAACCUACCACAAAAGGAGGAGAGAUUUUCCUUCCUAAUCCUGCGCCGUGGAGCUGGGAAAUCGGAGGAGCCCUGGCCUCGAAUCACCCAGCCUGUCCUUUGCCGGUCUCGCCAUGUCCAUGUCCAUCUGUGUUGUCCUGAUGGCAGCCUCCAACAUGCAGUUGUUACUGCUCAGAAACAUGGCAGGGAUCUUUAUCGUUGUGCCCGGAAUAGUCAGUGUGGGGAUCGUCUCCCUGUUUUGAACCCAGAGGGCGAACAACUGCUAGAAGAAGAGAGCAGCUCCAUGGACAAGGAUGCAAGUUGAUGGCACUCCUUUUCUAGUGUGUUCAACAGCCUUUUAAAGAUGUACUGUGUAUAAUGGAGCAAAGAUACUCGCUAGUGUUACAGAACUGAUGAAGUGAUUUGACUAAUGAACAACAGGACAUAUUUCCAGGCGGACUGGGGAAUAAUCUGUGUGGCCUAAAGCAGUAGACUAGAGAAAGUUAAACCUCGCAGAAUAACUUCUGCUGUUUCACAAUACAUUGUAUUUAAUUAGGUAUUAUUUCUCUGCAAUCUGACAUGUCCAUGUGUAGAAGUUGUACAUUUAUCCAUCUGUCAUCUUCCUGAUUAUUAGUCAUGAGGGUUAUUACCAUGGACACUGGCAUUUUUAUGCUUCCUAUCAUGAUGUGCUGAAUGUUUGUUGUGGUUGUUUGCCUUCAAGUCAUUUCCAAUUUAUGGCAACCCUAACAUAGGUCUUUUUUGGCAUUUGUUCAGAGGAGGUUUGGUAUUACCUUCCCCUGAUGCUGAAAGCAUGUGAUUUACCCAAAGACACCAAGUGGGUUUCAUGUCUGAGCUGGGAAUCGAACUCUGGUCUCCAGAGUAGUAGUCCAGUGCUCAAAACACUAUGCCACAUUGGCAUAGUAAACGUACUCACUGAAUGUUCACACUGAAUGUACUCUGAAAUGAACAGUGAAAGGGAGGUCCAACAGUGUACUUGUUUCUGGCUGUAUCAUUUUGGAGUGCAGUAAGAGGUUAGUGUUGCUGUUUGCCUUCAAGUUGUUUGCAAUUUAUGAGGAUAUUGAACUGAGAGAAUAUGACUUGCCCAAGGUUACCCUGUGGGUUUCCAUGGCCGAGUGGGAAACUGAUCCGUGGUCUCCAGAGUCCUAGUCCAGCGCUGCAACCACUACACCAUUUUAGCUCUCACAGUUAUGGGUCAUAGCAUAUAUAUAUAUAUAUAUAUAUAUAUAUAUUCAUUAAUUUGGCAUACUCUUGAGUUACAAGUUGUAACUCAGUGUCCAUUACUGUGGACAUUGGCAGUCCGGUUUGAAUCUCCUGUCCCAAAAAAUUCUGUCUGUUCACUGAAGGAAAGCUUAUCAGGAAACAUGGUAGCCCAGAAGUUUUUCCUAAUUGUGCAUUUUUACAGGUAAUACUGUGUGAAGGAGCACAGUAGUAGAAGCUAGCAACUGAUAGCAUAGACACAGAGCAGCAUUCCAUAACCUGGGAAUUAUGAGGUUGCAGUUCAGCACCCAUGGAGAGUGUCAAGUUGAAGAAGGCUAACAGGGCUUGGGGGAUGGGAUACGAAGGGCGGCUCCAUGCUGCCCGUCUUUACCCCUCGUUGGGCCCGUGCCAACCGGACCGUGUGGCACUGAUGUGCUCCCUAAAAAGAAGCUGCCUCCUAGAGUGCAGCACGGGCGCCACUAUUAAGGCUGGGUGCAUAUGGACGCCCAGCCCUAUGGAACACUUCAAGCAGUCCCAGGACGGCAUUUUUUGCCCGUCUGUAUCGGGCCAAAGCCUUCUAAGUCUAAUUUCUCUGAAGGAACCAAGCACACUUUCUGGGGUAACAAACCUAUGUCUGCUGGAGAAAUCAUUUGGAUUUGGGGUAGCAUUGAAAUGGUCCACUUCCAAAACUUGUGUUGAAGAUAUCUUAAUGGCAGUAGAUUGUUCUUUCUUGACAUGGUGUUUGUAUAAAGAGGAAAAAGCUACCUAGAUAUUCUCUUACACUUCUUUCAAGCUUAUGGGUGGAGUAUGAUUCUAAACUAGAUUAGUGUUGGGUACCUGAAACCAGGAGGUGGUAGGAAAUACAUUACUUGUUUUUUAUCCAGGGCAGAAGGGUGUGAUCUCAGGUAUGUUUCAAUCCUGUGCCUGGAAAGAAAUUGAACAAAUUAAAAUAGAUCUGUUGGGAGCUUGGAUUGGGUUCCUACUUUUGAAGUUAGGCCAGAGACUUGAAGGGGAAAAAGAGAGCAGUUUGUGAGAUCCACUAGGAGUGGGCAGGUAAUCUAGGGGAAUUAUUGGAAUUAGAUUUGAGGUCGCAUUCAGAAGCUUCAGGAAGAAGAUGAGGCACAUCAAUUGCAGUUGAUUGUCGCAAAAUCCUCAAAGUUGUUCAUCUGGGUAAAUUGAUGCUCAUUGGAACAAACAAACUUUGGGAGUGGCUAAUAUUUUGCUGUUGUUUGUAUUUAAUCCAGGUGGAGAGGAUGAACUUGGUUCCUUUCUAGCUACCCUACUCCCACUCCUUGAAUGCCUCCACUAUUGGAGCAAGGUUCACUCUACCAAUAGCCAUGCACAUCAUCCAGACAUUCCUGUAGCUUAAGUAUCAUCAUCAAGAUAUUCUUGCUUUACCAAACCACUGACCACUCCAAAAAAUUUUCUUAAGCAAUACAGGAGGAAGUCACACAAAACAUUUGAAGGGACAACCUCCCUUUCAGCAUUCUUUGCAUCAAGAGAAUAAUGGGAUUUCCAAAUGCCCAACCCACAAGCACUCAAUUGCUGGUCUUACUACCGCCUUCUCUUUCUUUGGUCUGCUACCAGGCAGCAGAGAGGAGGAUCUGGAGACAACCUUUCUCAUUUAUAUCUGGGAUAUGAGUGCCCCAGCUCUUAUUCUGUGAUAUGUAGUCCUAUGAGAAAUAGUAUAUUUUAUAGGGUUGCUGGACUUUAAUAUUCCCAGAUCUAGUGUUUCUAGACUUGGUGACAGAGCACAUGCUUUGUAUGCAGAAAAGGUUCCAUGUUCAACCCUGGCAUCUUCAAAUAGGGCUGGGAAAGACCCCUGUCUAAACCUGGCAGAGUCUCUGUCAGUGAGGAAGUAUAAUGAACUAUAUGAAUGAAUGGUAUGAAUAAAUGAAUAAAGAAGUUGUUUCUUUUUAAAGAAA